AGCUGUAAAUAUGUUUUUCCUCUUUUUCUUGAUAUAUUGUACAACGUAUUUCUGUCUGUUUCAGAGAAAAACGGCGUUGAGGUGGCAGCUGGUGAGCAAACAUCCCAGGCUGAAGUGUUGAAAGACGAGGAAGCGAAUUUAUCCCCUGAAGAUGGCUUAAAUGCAGCGAAAAAGAAGAAAACCCGCUAUCGUACAACGUUCAGUCAAUACCAACUUGAAGAACUAGAAAGAGCAUUUGAUAAAGCCCCAUAUCCUGAUGUAUUUGCACGAGAAGAGUUAGCAGCAAAGCUCGGUUUGACUGAAGCGCGAAUUCAGGUAUGCGCCGCUUCAUAACCUGAUUCGAAGGCCUUUAGUCACCAGACCUGGUUGAACACUGGCGUAAGGCGUAAAAUUACUAUAAAGUGAUCUGUUUAGCUAAAAAUUUAAUGCCGCAUUCAGCACUGCUGAGUAACAGUUUGAUGUCUGCGACAUGCACUUGCAAGUGGCGUGUUUUUUGCAACUUUCUUGCAACUUUAAUCUAAUUCUAAUGAAGCCUAUAAAACAAGCUCAACUGUUGUCCUUCACUAUUUAAGGUAGUUUUCUUAAUGAUGGAAUCCGAAAUCUCUGAAGAAUUAUGAUAUCUGAGGUAAAAGAAAGAUAGACUGAUCAACUAAUCAACGGUCUGACCUCAUGUAGUGGUGCGUGUCUAAAAGCAGUUUAUUUAACAAUUAAAGAUCCAUAAAUCCACAAAAUAAAUUGCGUUUGUAAUAAAGGCAUUUCAUUGUGAUUUGUCGCACUUCAAUUGAAAUUCAGACAUUUAAUUUAAUGUCGGAAUCUGAGAAACGGCAGUGAGUCGUCAUGCCUCUCAGACAAUGGCCGAAAGAAAUUAACGAACGCUAGGAAGAAUUUUCUAUCGUUUAUACUUGAAAAAAGGCACAUUUACAAUUUUGUGUUUACUAAAUGCACGAAGAAACACCAUUGCAUCUUUUAAAAUUUGGAUGUUACACUGUAAACAGAUAAUUUCUAAUCUACAAAGGAUGAACUAAUCAUUUUUUUCGUUUGACAGGUUUGGUUUCAGAACAGACGCGCGAAGUGGCGAAAGAGAGAAAAGCUGUGUACGUUUGGUGCCAUUCCACCCGGACAUGGUCUUGUCUUUCCUUGGCUACACCAGACUAACACGCCUUACCCGAUGCAGCCCUUCACUGCUGGUAUAGUGAAUAACAUUUCCAGGGAUAUUUGCUCGCAGUUUUACCCGGCGUCGCCACAAUCCAUUUCAUGCUUUCGCUCCACAGUUCCUAGCAUUGUUCGUCCUCCGUGUUCCGAAUCUCGGGAAUGUGCUUGUUCCUGUGGCAUGUCAGCAGGCGGCCCAUGCUUUUUAGCACCUCCCUAUCGCAUUGACGAGGUGACGCGUGGAAUAGAAGGCGUACCAGACCUUAACGGCGGAAUAGUGAGGGAUGGCAGCAGAGAAUCAAGCAUCGCUUCCCUUCGUCUUCGCGCCAAAGAACACCAAAUGAGCCUUGUACAAAUUCUUAGCAGGAAAUAA